GCUUUUAAAUAAACAAUUCGGUCACCAAGGCAACCGGUUUUACGUAUUUGUCAUUUUUGGGGUGGUUUUUUUAGUAUGAGAGAUUUGUGUGUGUAAAUAAAUAAAUCAUGGCUGGUCAAUACGGUGGAUACGACGAUGACGAGGAAGAUGUACUGGCACCAAAGGAACCGCAGGUCACUUCGCAGGACCCUGAUGAGAGGAAAGCUGCGAGAGCGAUGCGCAUCAAACGGAGGCAGGAUGCCUUGAAGAGAGCGGAGCAACCGGCAGAGGAAGCCGCCGUGGACGAAGAACCAGGGCCCAUAGAGCAGGCCACGGCGGCGGCGGCAGAAGAGCUGCAGAGGUUGGCGCUCGAUGGCGCUGCCAAGGUCACCAAUGUGAAGGUCACGACGGACGAACGUGAGGUCAUACGGCGCGCUCUGUUCUCGGAGAAGAUGAGAAAUUCCUACCAAAAGAUAGAAGAUGAAGCAGCCGAAGCUCAGAUUCAGUAUGAAGCCAUCACUGGCAACUGGGAUCCUAUGCUAGAAAUAAAAGACCCGCUGGACAUUGACGCUGCGAUCAAAGAACAGAAGAGGAGAUGCGACGAUUUGUUGGAUGAAAAAAAUCAAUUGAUUGACGAACUAAAAGGUGAUCUAAAGCGGAUGGAUCAAGCUUACUAUGAUGAUCUGGAUAAACAAGACAAGGAUAUAAAGGAACUCUCAGACAGGAUCGAGAAACAAGUGACGAUCAUGCAGAGGGCGUACGAAAAGCAGUUGAGCUUGAUAGAGCAGGCUAUCAACAUAGAACGUGACGUCAUGGUGGACCAUAACAAUAAGCGAUGGGAGGCUCUGUAUAAGCAGCGAGAUCGCGAAGAAGUUGCCCAUAUGGAAUACAAAUUUGAACAGUUAGAAGAACACAAGCAAGAAGUUGAGGCGAUAAUGUGGGACCAUCACGGGAAAUACCGCGAAGCUAAAAUCGAAUUAGAAUCGCUGAUCCAAGAACUGCAAAAGGAAUUGGAGAAGUUGAAAGCUACAUGCAUUAUCAACACUGAAAAAAUCGGGUACAACUAUCAAGUACUCAAAAAACGUGAAGAAGAGAAUGUCUUCGUCAGAUCUCAGCAGAAGCGCAAACUGAACAAGAUGUCAGACGUGGCCAACAAUCUCCGAUCCAAGAUACGCAAAGCGGCGGAGGACGGGGCCAUCGAGGAGAUCAAGGCGGACGCAGAGAUCGUCAAGCUGAUGCAGACCAUGGACGAUUUGGAGAAAAAGUCUAUGCACUUCUCGCACGUGAACCAUUAUAAGUUUAGCCAGGUGUGGCGCAUGUCUGCCGCUCGCUGCGCGCAGCUGAUGCGCGAGUUACGCCAGGCCGAGGUGGCGCUCCACGCGCACAUUCUGUCUGAACCACCGCCGCCGCCGCCUCCGCCGCCGCCCAAGAGCCCAUUGUCCAAACUUGAAAAUGAAGAAAUAGCCAAAGCUGAGCCUUCCUCAGCAAUAGUUCCCAAGGAACCAGUCGACCCCAAAAACAUGGUUGCUAAAGAAGCCAAAGACAGAUUGGUCCGACACAUACUUCAACUGGUAGCAGACAACACCGGGUUUCUGGUUGAAGAUCGUCUGCUAAAGCUUAUUGAGAAAUACCAGCUGUCUGCCAGAAACCUUUGCACGUUGGACGCAAUUUUUAUGGCAUUAGAAAUUCAAGCAGAAGAGGACAUAGAACUUCUGUGCACAACGUUUCUGAAUUACGCAUUUUGUCCUAUAUGUGUUGGAAUGGAAGCGGCUUCGGAACAGCUAGAUCAAAUUUCCACUACAUCGCAGGAAGACGCGCAGUCACAUCACCCUAGUGUCAGUGCAAAAGGAGCGCGAGGCGAAAGAACAUCAAUGAGAGCACGCUCCAGUAUAGCCAGGAGCAUUUCAGCCAGCACUUCUCGAUCAGCUCAUAUUGGGUUUAGAGGACAUGAAUUAACUCCUGCUGAUCAGCAACUUAUGGCAGAAGCUGAUGAAAUCAUACAAAAGUGUGGUGAUCCCCAAGGAAGGGCACUGGUGGCAGCUUCAGCAUCAGAAAUCGCUGGACCUUCGUCCUCGAGACGUGCGGGCGCAAGAGGCGUCACGGUUACUUCACAGUCGAAUCUAGCUGCUUUGAAAAAACCCAACCCCUUUUUGUGUCCAGUUGGGCAUUAUUUGGAGAUUGAACCAAUGCAGGUCUUAACCGCUUUAGGAGAAUUCAUAUCAGUAUUUAUUCCACCUGAGAAAAAGAAGCUCUACGAUCUUUUGGAUAGUGUAAAACCACCGGACUUUAGCACACCGUCACGUAAACUGAAAGCAGAUGAAAUAGAACAGUACUGGUCCCAGUGGAAGAAUAUUUUUCCAGCCGAAAAAGAUCGCUUUUGGGAUGGCUUGCUUACUGGCUUGAAUAAUUACUUGCCCAUAUUGCAGGAACGGGAGCGUCUUCACGAAGAAGUGAUUCUUCUUCGGCGACGCAACGCAGCCCUUCGGCGAUUAGUCCGCGGCGCGCUUCCAGAAUUACCGCAACCGCAGCCGCGGUACCAGCGCCCAUACCCGCCUGGCUUCACGGCGCCAUACCCUGACGACGGUCCCGAAGCCUAUGCCAGGCUCCCACCAAUAUAAAUGAAU